UACUCUAUGGAACGCGGAGUACAGAAUCUCAUUGAUGAGGAAUUUUGAUAUACAGUCAGACAGUUGGAGUAGAUCAGAUUUUGCAGAGGAGAAUCAUGUUCUGGAAGUGAAGAGUAGUGAUGAGACAGACGAUGAUCGGUGUGCAGAUUAUUUGGAGAAGAUGGAUAUCAAAAGCAUUGGGGCUUUGUCUCCUGAAGCUCUGAACUAUAUUCAGAACCUAGAAUCCGAACUAUCUUUGUCUAAGAAGGAACUGGAUGAGAAGAAGCAAGAAAAUGCACAAAUAGAAAGUUGUAUGAGAGAAAAUAACAAUGACCUAUUGGAGUAUUUGAGGUCCUUGGAAUCUGAUAUGGUAACUGAACUAUCACAGCCAUCUUCAUCAGAAGUUGAGGAUAUUAUUCGAAAACUUGUUCAAAAUAUUUUACGCCAAUUCUAUAAAGAAGCUUCAUUAAGGAAUGCGGCCGAGACUGAAGAGCUACACAACAGUAUAACCGCUUCUUCACGUGAUUACCUAGCAAAGCUUCUAUUCUGGUCAGCCCAUUUUUUCUGGGAAAUUUGAGCAGAUGACCCCACUGACAGGGUGAAUUACCAUUUGUGCGGGUGGAUAAUUUAAAUAGAGCUGGUGACCAUCUUCUAUCGUCUUCUUGUGUCCUCCAUUAUGACCGGGUAUACGCUAUGGAACGCGGAGUACAGAAUCUCAUUGAUGAGGAAUUUUGAUAUACAGUCAGACAGUUGGAGUAGAUCAGAUUUUGCAGAGGAGAAUCAUGUUCUAGAAGUGAAGAGUGAUGAAAUAGAAGAUGAUCGGUGUGCAGAUUAUGCGGAGAAGAUGGAUAUCAAAAGCAUUGGGGCUUUGUCUCAUGAAGCUCUGAACUAUAUUCAGAACCUAGAAUCCGAACUAUCUUUGUCUAAGAAGGCAGUAGAGAUUAAAAAGAAGAUGACCAAGAAGCAUUUCAUACCUCAUGUCUUUGGGUAUGAACAUUUGGUAAAAUUCAUUAUCCAAAUUAUUUUGUAGGUUAUUGUCAUUUUUGGAAAUCAUGAUAACAAAUGUAUAAUUUUCUUUGUCUUCCUUUCGGUUUAUGAAAUAAUUGUUAUUUCUAUCUUGUAUGGAGUUACUUUAGUAUUUUAGUAUACAAAUUUGUCUUUUAGUUUAA